CAAUAAGUGCGAGGGGCUUUCUAUUACCUUUCUAUGCAUAUGAAUGCAUUCAACGAAGCACCAGGAGCCAUUUAAAGUUUUCCGGGGCAACCUUUCACUAUGGAUAUCACAAGGCUGUGAGACCUCAUUGGUAAAUAUUAAGCUAUGUUAAUUUUAACCCCCGUCUAAUUGUACAGGUCAUAGGUGAUGCAUGUGAGUACUCCAGGACUUGACUGACCGUGAGGAUAUGACUGUUAAGUGUUGGGUAUUGAGAAGCCUCGCAAAUUCCCACCACUCUUAAGCAGCUAUAUCAUGUCACAAAAAACCCCAAAAAGUCAAGAUCUUCAUAUUACUAUACAAGCAUCACUGUCCUUCUUCCUGAAAUUUCUCUUUUAGAUCAAAAUUUAUUUCUUUCGUCAUCUCUCUUUAGAUAUAUCAAUACCUAGGUACACAGAACCAUUUCCAAAACAAGCCUGCUAUCUAUCAUGUAUUCCAAUUUGUUUGAUAAAUACUUGAGUUCAAGACAAUACCUUGAUCAAGGUAUAUCUCGGCCUAAUCCGACCACAGCACCAUCAAUGGGGGGAUUUCCAAUGAAUCGAAUCCGUUCUGAUCAAAGCUCGACCAGCACUCAAUCCGGAUCUUCUAGAGACUUUUAUUAUCCGGUUCUCAUGAAUCGAAAUUAUUCGGAUCAAGGCUCAGUCAGUACUCAAUCUAGAUCUUCUAGGGAGUUCUACUCUCCGGCUCCUAGAAGUCCAUCCAUGUCUUUCGAUUUGAACACCUCCCAACUACCGCAAUACUAUGAUGAUGGACAUAAUCAGGGAUACAGCAACUACACCACAUCAUCAUAUAGUAUGGAGAGAAGCUCAUCAAACCAAAGCUAUUCUCUCAAAGCAACACCAUCUAGUCUCGGCUGGUCUCCCGAAACCGAACUUCUCAGACUCUACAAGUUAAUUGUGCCAAAAGGAAAAGAGCCAUAUCUAGAACUACUUCCAGGAUACACAAUUCAUCAAGAUACACCCCAGAAAGUCUUUCUUGACCCACCUAGUAAUCCUCAAAAAGGCAUCUAUCCUUGCCAAUUCCCCAUCGGAUGUCCAGGCAAGCAAUUCCGAAGGCCUGCAGACCUAGAACGUCAUUACAGACAUAUCCACGCCGAUGCCGACCAGAAGGGGAGUUUUCCCUGUGACUACAAACCCUGUACCCGAUCCAAAGGACCCUUUACCCGCAAAGAUCACUAUCGAGACCAUCUCAAAGAUUUCCACAAGGAAGAUAUCGGGACCGCUAAACAACCCAAGAAUACACACGAUCCGAAGAAAUUAGAAGCGCUUCAACAAGCGUGGCUCGAAGAACGUCAAAUCGAUCCUAGAUGGUGGAGAUGUAGAAAGUGUCUCCGGAGAGUAUAUGUCAAUGCAAAUGGAUAUAAAUGCAUAAUCUGCAAUGAGGAAUGUGCAAACGAGAGGAUCGAAGCGAGGGAGCAGAAGAAACGAGAUGGGGAGAGAGAUAGAGAGAAAAUGUACUACGCGGGUGAGAAAUCGGAUAUGAUGGAUGCGCCACAGUGCAUGAGUUGUAAUGGGAGUAUGUGGAUCUCGGAAACAGGGUUUGGAGAGGGAAAUUCGGUGCCAUGUCCGAUUUGUGUGCCCAGUGGGGAAAUUAGCUUUGAGGAUGUGGAGUGGCGGGAACAUGAGAGGUUGGAACAGGAGUAUGAGGAUGCUUAUUAGGAUAUUUGGGUGGAUUUCUUGGGAUAUGGAAGGUGGAGGGUUGUGAUUUGAUGGGUUAAUGUGUUAUGAGAGAGAGCAGGCAUUCUUGAAAAUAAGAUAUAUCUAUCUGCUGGUGCUAGGCGUUGGAGUUGGAAUUGAGCGAUGGAUCAAAUUGGGUGGUGUUUAAGGUAGACAGACGGCUGGUUGGUUGGUUGAUUGGGGUUUGAUGUCAGUAUUGCUUUUCGUCUUACUUUAUUUUCUUAUUCCUUUCUAUAUAAUGUAUAUUUAUAAAUCUUUUUACAUCCGACUUUUC